AUUUUUUACUUGGGUUUCGUUUGCUUUUGUUUUGUUUAACUUCCCCCAACAGAUGAUGAGAUAAUCAUGUAGCCAACCUCGAAUAUCAAAUGCUGGACACCAAACUGAACAGUGAGAGAGAGAGAGAGAGAAAAAGAAAAGAAAAAGAGAGUGUGUGUAACUGUGUAUGUGUGUUUCUCUGUUUUGGGUUAAAGAGGAAAAAGAAAGAGGGACCACUUUUUUAUCCCACUCUGAUCAUUGAUUCCACUUGGGGUUGGGUUUAAUCCAAACUUUGUUGAUGAUGGGUUUUGCUUUGAAAAUGUUACACUCUUGAUGCUUCUUUUCGGCUGUGGGAGGCAGAAAGAACCAGUUUUAGAAAAAGUCCAAUUUCUUUCUUAUCUCAUUCAUGAUUCCCUCACACUCACAUCACAGCUUUGCCAAAAUGACAACUGGGUUUGGUUCAGUUUGUAGUUUGGCAUGAUUAUUUACUCUUUGGUUUGGCUUCAAAAGAGGUGUGCUUUUGAAGGGCUUUAAUGCUUGACAUGUUGUAGAGAAAAUAAACUUGUUCCUGGAACUGGAUCAUUAAGUGGAAAAGUGCAGGAGGGAUUUAAAGAGCUCGAGCCACUUUGUUUUCUUGGCAUGCUGGAUAAUUGGAGCUGUGUUUGUUGAAAUAGGAACUGGGUUUCUUGCAAUUUCACUUCUUACUUGUAUCUGCUUAGCCAAAGCAUUGGUCUUGACUUGGGCUUGGUUAAUAAUUUGGUUAGUUUUCAGCAACUUUUACUCUCAUUUGGAAUUUUCUCUACAAGGUUUGAUUUUGAUGACUUGUUCUGCUGGAGCUGGGGUUUUUCUCAAGCUUUCAAGGCUCUUUGUAAAGAUGCAUAGGUGGGUUUUGGUUAGGAUGUCUCUAAAUUGCAAGCUCUCCGGCCUUAAUGGUAGAUUACCAAACUGUUCCAAGCUGAAGAAGGCAAAGGAACCUUUACAUGGGCCUAAUUCUGUCAGAAAAUGGAGAAGAAAGCUUCUGUUUUUCUUCUGUCUUUUAGUUUCUGUUGUUCUAGGAAGCAUUGGGUUUCUCUUAAGUUUUAAUCAUGGAACUUUAUGGGGGAAGGAGAAGGCUCCAAACUCUUGUGAAGAAAAAGCUCAAAUCUUGCUACAGCGUUUCAAUCUUAGCAAGAACCAGAUUCAUGCUUUAACUUCCUUAUUAUCUGAAUCAGAUCAGAUGACAUCCCUCCAAUGUACCAAAGAAUUAGGAUCCAAAGUGCAGUUAAGUGAUGGCAUUACCUGUGCUCUUAGUGUAACAUGUUCAGAGAUGCAGCAGCUUCACAAGCAGCAUAGAUGGGUUGCAGACAAUGAUGAACCAAGGGACCAAUGCCCAGUUCAAGAUGAGAACAUCUCCAGGAAGGAUAGCCUGUCAAUGCUAGAUGACAGCCCUGUACCAUUUAUCUCACAAUCUAAAGUUUAUUCAAUUUCAGCUAAUAAUCAGAUUUGUGAAAAGAACAUAUUGCAAUCAGGGGCACUGGUGGAUUGUGUAAAAGAGCAUUGCGAGAGUUUCUGUACAAUUAUAAAAGUAAGUUGGUUGCUCCUUGUUGUAGCUAUAGUAAGCUGCAAGAUGUCUGGUUUGCAUUUACAGUUGUGGAGGAACCAAAAGAAUAAGGUUGGUCAUCAACAGCUGGUGGCUCAGCAGCAACAACAGCAACAGCAGCAGAAGUGGCAACAGCAAGCCCAUACUCCUAAAGGUGCUGGGAAGUGGAGGAAGAUGCUUCUACUAAUUUUUGUCUUGUUUGGAGUUAUUACGUCAAUUUGGUUAUUUUGGUACUUGAACAAAGGAAUCAUUUUGAGGAGGGAGGAAACACUAGCCAACAUGUGUGAUGAACGAGCCCGAAUGUUGCAGGACCAGUUUAAUGUGAGCAUGAACCAUGUUCAUGCCUUGGCUAUUCUAGUCUCCACCUUUCACCAUGGGAAACAUCCUUCUGCCAUUGAUCAGAAAACAUUUGGUGCAUAUACUGAGAGAACAGCUUUUGAGAGACCGCUUACUAGUGGUGUUGCUUAUGCUCUGAAAGUUCCUCACUCAGAGAGGGAGCUGUUUGAGAAGCAGCAUGGAUGGACAAUCAAGAAAAUGGAAACAGAGGACCAAACUUUAGUCCAAGAUUGUAUUCCAGAAAAGUUGGAUCCUGCACCUAUUCAUGAUGAAUAUGCACCUGUGAUAUUUUCUCAGGAAACUGUCUCCCAUAUUGUCUCUAUAGACAUGAUGUCUGGAAAGGAAGAUCGUGAGAACAUCCUGCGAGCAAGAGCAACUGGGAAAGGAGUGCUUACAUCUCCUUUUAAGCUAUUGAAAUCAAAUCACCUUGGUGUGGUACUCACAUUUGCUGUCUACAACACUGACCUCCCUCUGGAUGCUACGGCAGAGCAACGUAUUGAAGCUACUGUGGGGUAUCUGGGUGCUUCUUAUGAUGUCCCAUCACUAGUGGAGAAGCUUCUGCAUCAACUUGCCAGCAAGCAAAUGAUUGUUGUGAAUGUUUAUGAUACAACUAAUGCAUCUGCUCCCAUCAACAUGUAUGGUGAUGAAGUUACUGAUACUGGCCUCUUACAAACAAGCAACCUUGAUUUUGGGGAUCCACAACGGAAGCAUGAGAUGCAUUGCAGGUUUAAGCAGAAACCUCCUUUACCAUGGACGGCGAUAAAUGCAUCAGUUGGACUCCUAGUUAUUACUUUGCUUGUUGGACAUAUCUUUUAUGCAGCCAUAAAUCGAAUUGCAAAAGUGGAGGAGGCUUGUCGUAUAAUGACAAAGCUCAAAGUUCGUGCUGAAGCUGCAGAUGUGGCAAAAACUCAGUUUCUUGCAACUGUUUCCCAUGAGAUCAGGACUCCAAUGAAUGGUGUUUUAGGUAUGCUGCAAAUGCUGAUGGACACUGAUCUUAAUCCAAACCAACUGGAUUAUGCUCAAACUGCUCAUGCUAGUGGAAAAGAUCUCAUAGCACUGAUAAAUGAGGUUCUUGAUCAGGCUAAAAUAGAAUCAGGCAGGCUUGAGCUUGAAGCUGUACCUUUUGAUCUGCGCGCUGUUCUUGAUAAUGUUUUAUCACUUCUCUCAGGCAAAUCUAACAAAAAAGGGAUUGAGUUGGCUGUUUAUGUUUCCAAUCAAGUACCGGAAGUAGUCAUUGGUGACCCUGGACGGUUCAGGCAGAUAAUUACAAAUCUUGUUGGAAAUUCAAUUAAGUUCACUAAUGACGAAGGACAUAUAUUUAUCUCAGUGCAUCUGGCAGAUGAAGUGAGGGGCACACCAGUUAUUAUGGACCAAGUUCUGGGACGAGGCUUGAGUUUAGCUCAUGACAUGUCUGAUGGAACUUAUAAGACAUUGAGUGGGAUUCCUGUGGUUGACAGAUGGAAAAGCUGGAAAUCUUUUAAAAAGUUGGGCAGUACAAUUUCAAUGGAGGAAUCCGAAAUGAUCAAGUUACUAGUAACAGUUGAGGAUACAGGAGUUGGAAUUCCUCUGGAGGCACAAAGCCGUAUUUUCACGCCUUUCAUGCAGGCUGACAGUUCCACUUCUCGAACAUAUGGUGGGACGGGAAUAGGAUUGAGCAUUAGUGAACGUCUGGUGCAUCUCAUGGGUGGGGAGAUAGGGUUUGUGAGUGAACCUGGCAUUGGGAGUACUUUUUCAUUUACUGGAGUUUUCAGGAAAGGAGAAACAAGUUCUCUGGAUACAAAGUGGCAACAGUGUGAUCCUUCUGUUUCAGAGUUCCAAGGAUUGAGAGCAUUGGUAAUUGAUAAAAGCAGCAUCAGAGCUGAGGUUACAAGAUAUCAUCUGCAGAGGUUGGGGAUAACUGCGGAUAUAGCUUUCAGUUUGAAAUUAGCUUGCUCUUAUCUAUCAAGUGCUUGCAAAACAAGUUUAUCAACAAAUUUGUCCAUGGUCCUUAUUGACAAAGAUGUUUGGGAUAAAGAAACCUGUGUCUCAUUCCAUCAGUUUCUCAAAGAUCACAGGCAAAACAGCAGCACUGAAAUUUCUAUAAACCUUCCAAAGAUAUUUCUCUUGACUACCUCCAUUAGCCCUAGAGAACGCUUUGAGAUUAAAUCUGCUGGUUUUGUGGAUAAUGUACUGAUUAAGCCUCUUCGGUUAGGUGUCUUAAUUGCCUGCCUCCAAGAAGCCUUUGCAAGUGGUAAAAAGGGGCAAGUAAGCAGAAAAAAACCAUCUAUACUUGGAAUUUUACUAAGACAAAAGCGAAUUUUGGUGGUGGAUGACAAUGUAGUUAAUAGAAGAGUUGCAGAAGGUGCUCUAUCAAAGUAUGGAGCAAUUGUGACCUGUGUAGAGAGUGGCAAGGCUGCUUUAGCAAUGCUUAAGCCACCCCACAGUUUCGAUGCUUGCUUUAUGGAUCUCCAGAUGCCUGAAAUGGAUGGAUUUGAAGCGACAAGGCAAAUCCGCUGCAUGGAGAGUAAGGUUAAUAAGGAAAUUGUGUCAGGGGAUGCAUCAAUAGAGAUGUUUGGGAAUAAGGCUCAUUGGCACACACCAAUAUUAGCUAUGACAGCGGAUGUGAUUCAGGCUACAAAUGAAGAGUGCAUGAAGUGUGGGAUGGAUGAUUAUGUGUCAAAACCAUUUGAAGAGGAACAACUUUAUUCAGCAGUGGCACAUUUCUUUGAGUCUGGUUGAUGAACUGAACUAACAUGAUUGGUUCUUCAUUACUGGUUUAGCCAAGCGGUUGAUCUGUGUUACAUUCGGGAUUGACCCUCAAUAAAUUAGAGCUAUCUGGCUAAUGACAAGCUUCACUGCUAUGAGCUGGCAGUUAGGCUAAUCCCGACUGCAUUUGCCAUCUUCAUGAACAUGGAAUCUUGGCGUGUGACCAAAGUAACAGGUUUAACAACUAUAUGCAUAUUGGAGGAGAGCAAUCAAAUGUCAGCAGUUUGUCCUAAACCAUUCCACAUUGCCUGAUCACCCUCCAAGGACAAUUUGAGAGAGGCUUUUUCUGUAUAUAUCCACUGUUGCUACUAGUAGGCAUGGCAUACCGUGAUUGGUGGAACAUAAAGCACUCAGGAGGAUUUUUAUAUGUUUGUAAGUAAGUUAGUGCCCCUAUUUUUUAUUUAUUAUGCAUGUCUAUUGAAGUAGGUAGGUUAAGGAUAAAGUAUGAUGAAAUCACCCAAUUUUCAAUCUGUGAGAUGAAUGAUCUAUUACCCUCAUCUUCACAGUAUUUGUAUUAAAUUGUGUAAUUGAAUUGUAAUAUAUAUAUUGGUAUAGUGAAAUAAUAAGUAGCUUAAUUGUGACUGUCGCAA